AUGGCAAUCCCCGGAGACGACGAGCAUACACCCAACGGUGCGCACGCGGAGGUUUCCGACAAUGAGCCGGUAGCUGUGGCUCCCGAGGUGCCAGCAAUGCUCCAUGUGCAUGAUCUGCCCCAGCUUCAUCAAAAGCCGUCAGCAACCACGCUCCUUCGCGCCUUGGAUCUUCUCGUUGCAGAGCCGUCGAGCUUUUCGCCUUUUGCAAACACCAGGCGUCCCAAAGUAAGCGAGCAGGGGGUUUCAAGAUAUCUUACCUCGAUUGUCUCCUCGGGCCUGAAUUGGAUUGGGGACGAAGACCAAAAGGAUGCAAUAUGGGGCGCUGCAAGUGCCCGCCUCAGCGAACGUUCGGGCAGAAGUGCAAUGCCUGCCAUGACGCGCUCGUUCGAGAUUUGUACCGACCUCACGGUUAAUUUGCACGAGCCUACCUUGACAGAAGACAAUCUUGGGCUCAAGACCUGGACCUCAUCGGUCUUGCUGUCACGCCGACUCCAAGAUUGUCGUAGAUAUCUUCCAACCGAGCCCACUCGAGUGUUGGAGCUAGGCGCCGGCACUGGUUUGGUCGGGAUUUCGGCCGCAUGCAUAUGGAAAACUCAUGUGCUGCUAACUGACCUGCCGCAGAUCCUACCAAAUCUUCGAGGAAAUCUUGAGCAAAACCAGGAAUUGAUCACAAGGAGUGGUGGGAGCACUGAGUCACGGGCACUUGACUGGGUUGAUGAGACGGACACGCCAAAACGUGACGAAGACAAGUUCAUGGUCAUUGUGGCAGCCGAUUCUAUCUAUUCUCCCGAACACCCUAAGAUGCUUGUGAAUGCUGUCACUCGCUGGAUCUGCCGUUCGCCAGAGGCCAGAUUCAUCAUUGAACUACCGUUACGUGAUGGUUAUGACGAGGAGAGACAAAAUUUGCGCAGUAUAUUGCAACAGCACAAGUUUGACUUGGUACUCGAAGGCACAGAGGUCGGUUUUGACGAUUGGUACCAACAAGAUGGCAGCCCAUCCGAGGUUACAUGUUGGUGGAGUAUAUGGAGGCCCAAUACCCAGGUCUGA